AUGACGGUAUUUACAAAAGUUAAAAAGGUACCCGAAGUGAAAAAAGUAUUGAGGUCAAAAGAAUCUGCAACAGUUGUUGAUUCAGCCGUUUAUCAGCGUGAUGAAACCGGAACAUUGGCCCGAAUACGGCAGUAUAAAAAAUUUACAAGUUUAUGCAUGAUAUUUUUAAUACUUUGGUUACUAGUAGCUUCAUUUAUGGCUGGCACAUUUUUCUAUCGUCAAUUUAAUCGUCGUCCAACAUAUUACGGAUGGUGCGGGACAAGUUUUAUUCAGCGUGGACGAAAUGAACAUAUGGAAGAAAGUGUGGAGAUUAAUCCUGAUGAAUACUAUGAAAGGAUUAGUGUGCCACGAUUUGGAUCAAAUCGUCCAGCAGUGUUUGUGCAUGAUUUUAGAAAGAAUUUGACAGCAAUCGUGGAUUUAUUAUCAAAUCGUUGUUUUAUCAAGGAAUUGGAUCGAAAAGUUGUUGCACCACCAACUAGUCUCAUUGAUUUUAUCGAAAAAAUGGAGAAGGGACAUUAUAACAAUCCAGCAGUUAUCAGGCGAACUUAUCGAAUAACCGGUCGUAUUACUAAUGGUGAUAUUGAAAAUUUGCAGUCACCGAUGAUCAUUCAUCACUGUCAACAUCGAACUGUUUUUGAACUUAAUGAAGCUUCCAGAUCUAUGGAACGAGAACAAUGGCAUAGAUACAAACGAGAAGUGUUUGAAUCACUACAAUUUGCCGUUCUCAGUGGUCAAGCAGUUGAAAUGGAUAAAAUUAUAAUUAAGUGA